AUGUCCUUUAAUUUCGAUCAAUUUAAUAGCAAUUCGUUGACACAACGCGAGCCAAUAUCCCGUUCAUCAGAGGAAACUCAAAUAGUGCCGUCUGGAUACGUGCAAAUCAAGAAAAAUGACGAAACACAAAUUUUUCGUAAACAAAAAAUGAAUAUUUCACUUCCAGCAAACAUAAAUUUCCUAAAUGUCUCAAAUGACAACAUAGCAAUUCUUAUGUCUGCUCAUCUACUGUUUAGAAUGAAUAUGUCGCGUGCUGACUCUCAAACUGAUGUUUCACUUGAGAAGUUUAUCGUUGGACAGCGAGUUUCAAGAAUGUUUUUAGAUCAAACGGGAAAUCAUUUAUUGCUCUCUUUAGUUCCCAAAUCAUCAGGAUAUAGUUCAGAAUUAAUGUAUUUAAACAGAAAUUGCAAUAAACCAAAGAUUCUGACAAAGUUUCGUGAUCAUGAAAUCACAGCAAUUGGAUUUAAUUGCGAAAAUACAUCAAGCAUAACAACAGGCAAUAUACUGUUGGGAACAUCUAAAGGAUAUAUCUUUGAGGCUGAUAUUGGACUCGAAAAUGAUCGAGUUAUUCAAAAUAAUUUUCGACAGGCAUUCGAUAUUGGGAGAGGAGAAAAAGGGCCAGUAACUGGAAUUGGAGUACAUAGAGCACAGAAAACAAAUAAUUUUAUAGUUCUUGUGUCUACACUCGAUCGUCUCUACAAGUUUCAUGAAUGUCUCAAUGAUGACAAGUCACUGUCAAACAUUUUUAAGCAUUACAUGAACGUUCCAGAAGAAGCUAGGGACUAUGAACAACAAUCCAGUAAAUUAUCAUAUUCACAAAUGGAUUUUAUAUUGGAAAAUAAAUAUCCGAGAGGAUUUGGCUGGUUAACGGAGGCUGGCAUAUUUUACGGAGAAAUAAAUCAAAUUGCUGAUAAUCCAAACUUUAUAUUAAGCAAAAAGACCAUAACGUUUCCCGAACAAGAUAACGAUUAUCGAACAGCAAGUUACAUUUCAAAGCACCAAAAUUUAGUUCCAAGCUCAUUUGUACUCACAGACUUUCACAUAUUGCUGCAGUAUUCAGAUCAUAUUACUGCAAUAUCGCUAAUUAGUCAUGAAAUUGUCUAUGAUGAAUACUUUUCGGACCAACAUGGAAAAUUAAUGGCAAUAAUUAAGGAUGUGAAAAAUGGAAAUGUCUACACAUUCAGCAAUAAGACGAUAUUCAAGUACAAGAUCCACAACGAAAAACGCAAUGUGUGGCGCAUAUAUUUAGAUAAAAAAGAAUUUGAACUGGCUGAAAAAUACAGUCGAGAUAAUCCUGCACACUAUGAUAUUGUUUUAUCAAGAAUUGGUGAUGAUUUUUAUGAGAGGAAGCUAUACAUUGAUGCAUCAAGAGUUUAUUCACAGACGAAAAAGAGUUUUGAGGAAGUAACGUUAAAGUUCAUGCAAGUGAAUGAGAAUUUACCAUUGAUUUAUUAUCUGAAAAGUCGAUUAAAUGAUUUAAAUCCAGCAACUGAAAAGACACAAAUAACAAUGCUGGUUGUAUGGCUUGUUGAUCUCUAUUUGACUGAAAUAAACAGAUCAUCGUUGACUUCUUUAGAAAGGCAAAAGGAGUAUGAUGAAUUUCUACUACAUCCACACGUACAGACAUGCUUAAAAGAUAAUCGAAAAGUUAUUUAUGAUAUUAUAGCAUCGCAUGGUGACAAUUACAAUCUUACAUCACUAACGACAAUGAAUGAAGAUUAUGAGGAUGUCAUUAAUCAUUAUAUCCAACAAAAUGAGUAUAGAGAUGCACUGGAUACACUGAAAAUCCCUAAACGUGCUGAUUUAAUUUAUCAAUUUGCACCAAUUAUUAUAGAGGAAUCGCCAAAGGAAACAAUUCAAAUGCUUAUGGAUCGUGGUCGUGGAUUAAAUGCUGUUAAAUUACUCCCAACAUUAUUAUGCAUAAAAAGUGAUAAGCAUCGCACGGAAGUCGUUAGAUAUUUGGAAUUUGCCAUACAUUCAUUAAGUGUUCAAGAUCAAUCCAUUCAUAAUUAUUUAAUACAGCUUUAUGCUAAGUAUAAAGAUAGUGAAAAGCUUAUGAGCUAUUUUGAGACACAAGGAAAGGAAUUGUCUAUGAUUCAUUAUGAUGUUCAUUAUGCACUGCGAUUAUGUAAGGAAUUUGAUGUUAAGCAAGCUUGUGUCUUCUUGAUGUGCAUAUCACUUUUUAAUGAGAGAAUUAUCAAAUAUUCUUUUUAA